CACUCCGGAUUUUUAGUCUAGCCGCUGUGGCGCGGCUGAAAAACAAAAGACAGUCGGCCAUUACGGUGGAGAAUUUCAGCUGGAGUUUAUUAUUUUCUCGUCUCGCAAACUCAAGGCUUUCGAUAUUAUUCAGGAGAUCAUUCUUUGGAUUAAAAUGAUGUGAAAUGAGAUUGAGAGCGGGCGGGUUCAUGUUUACGGUGCAAGCGUCUCUUUUGUUUUUGUGGGAAGCGUGGGGCUAAAGCAUCAUGUUCCGUCCGGGAGGAGAGCGAGACUUCCAGACGUCAGCCCGGAGAAUGGGGACCUCCCUGCUCUUCCAGCUCUCGGUUCACGAGCGAGAGUUGGACCUUGUUUUUCUGGACCACAGCUAUGCCAAACCCUGGAACGCCCACCCAGAUGCCAGCAGUGCCCGGCCCACCCGCAUGCUGUUCGUCACCCCUCGACGGCAGCCGGAAACGUCUGGUGAUUCGGAUAUGUCCAUUGACGUGGAGACGGUUACACCAACUCCAAUGCCUCUCUAUGACAAUCAAAAGGCCCGUAGUGUGAUGAACGAGUGUGACCGGCAUGUUCUGUUCGCCCGGACCGUCGCUGAUGGACCACCGCCUCCCGAUGAUUGGGAAGAACACAUCAACAAGACCGGCUGGUCGUUGGCUCAGAACAAGCUCUUUAAUAAAGUAUUGAAAGCCCUGCAGGCAGAACGACUCGGCAGACUGGCCAACGAUGGUGCCUCUAAUGAACCAGUCUUGCGCAGAAUAGCUGUGGAUAAAUGUGCUCGCAAGGUCCGCCAUGCCCUGGCCAGUGUCAGCUGGGACAUGAAGCUCACACACUGGCUUCAUAACACACUUCUGGAGUCUUUGAGCCUUGCUAUGUUGGCGGCUUACCUUGACGUGCUGCAGACACUCAAGAGCAAGGUGCCAUCUCUGAUAGACAGGAUGCUGCUGUCGUCUUCUGUAAAAACAGGAGCUGCAGGCGCCGAGGCUCUUUCUCUGCUCCUCAAACGCCCGUGGGACCCUGCAGUGGGUGUGCUCUCACACAACAAACCAAGUAAACUUCCUGGAUCCCCCCUGAUCCUGAUAGCUCCAUCAGGGCCAACCAACCCUGCCUUUCCUACGUCCCGCCGAAUGAGAUUCUGGCAAUCUCAGCUGUCCUGUCUUGGGAAGGUCAUUCCCAUUAAUGUUCAUGUGGGCAGCGGAGCCAAUGUUGGAAUCACGCAGUGUUUGGAGCACAUGAUCGGCACAGUCAGAGGAAAAGUCAUCGAGGUUCACAGUCACUUCCCUCACAAACCGAUCAUCUUGGUGGGCUGGAAUGUAGGGUCAUUGAUGGCUUGUCAUGUGUCUCUAAUGGAGUACUUGACUGCUGUUGUGUGUUUGGGUUUCCCUCUUCAAACGAUCAGUGGGCCACGAGGGGAUGUUGACGAUCCCCUGUUGGACAUGAAGACUCCAGUGCUGUUCGUGGUUGGUCAGAACGCACUGCAGUGUAGUCCUGAAAACAUGGAGGAGUUCAGGGAGAAGAUCCGGGCGGAUAAUAGCAUGGUUGUUGUCGGAGGAGCAGACGACAGCUUGAGGAUCAACUCCACUAAGAUGAAGACAGAAGGCCUGACCCAGACCAUGGUGGAUCGCUGCAUUCAGGACGAGAUAGUGGAUUUUCUGACCGGAGUUUUGACCCGCUCUGAGAGUCACGGCCAUGGCUCUGGUGAAACACGAGAUUUAGAUGCUGAGAAGAAGAAACCACGCCGCGAGCUGCCGUUUGACCAUGACAGGUCGCGACCCUCUUCACCUGCUGUGAGGGAUAUGUCCAGUGUCUGCAGCAGUCCUACAGCCAGUCCCAAACCUAAGACCGUCGGCCUUUCUCCAGCUCAGAAAUCUAGCCUCAUUACUGCCACGCAACUGCUGAAGACCCACAUGCAGCGUUCAGGAACCGUACUAACACACAAACAAGCACAAGCUCAGUUCGCUGCUUUUAUGAAACAUAAUAUGCUGGUGAGGAAAAGCAUUCCUCCUGGCAGCCCUUCAUGUCUUUUUGUGCCGGUGCCCAGUGACCAGGUGGAGGGUUUGGAGCGAGACGACAUGAGGCACCAUCUUAAGAGAAGACAAACUCCCAGUCCAACGCCAACCAAAGCCUCCAAACGAGCCAAGAUCAAAGUCACCAUCGUUUCACACGGAGACGCGGCGGGAAACACACCUGGCUCUUCUGCCCAGGAAGUGGGUUUGUCAGGAAAGCCUCUCGGACUGACUGUGGGCCAGACGACGGUAUCAGGGGCCAAAGAACUGUCUGAGCUUCUCAGUGCACAAAGGUCAGGAGGUUUUGCAGAUGUGUCUGGAGCUUUAGCCUCCAGCGAGGGCUCGUUUCACAGCCUGCAGGGCAGCGUAAUUUCACGCUCUUCCUCUCCUGUCCAGGCCGCUGCUACCGCACAAGCUCCGUCUGCCAGUAGUCUGCUGCAAGGUCUCAGCCUCAGUCUCCAGGAGAUCAACACUAAAUCCCCAGGCGUUCCCUCAACCACACAGGUGUCUGGAGGAAAGCCCCAGGGGCAAGUGUUGAGCUCUCUCAGCCCAGGCAGCGGUACUCUAGUGAGGGCAGUGCCGGUGGUGUCCACAGGCUCCGGGAUGACCAAAACCACAGCCAUCCACCAGCUCCUAACCAACGGCGGCCUGGCAAAGCUAGCCAAUAGUCUGCCGGGCCUUGCCCACGUCUCAAGUCAGAGCUCGGGUCUGAAAGCUCCCACCACCAUCACAGUGACACUGCGAGGUCAGCCGAGCCGAAUCCCCUCUCUGAGCCACAUGGGGGCGACAGCGGGCGCUCACAGCACACCUGACACACAGUGACCAGAAUCUCUGAAAUAGAUGAAAUGUGAGACAUCGCUAACACUUUAGCUGAGAAUGCGUCUCUGGAUCCGAUGAACAUGGAGGAAUCACAUGCAUUAAAGAUUCAAAGACUGGUGAUUUGGCGUACAACAGCACCUCCUGUGGACACGGUCUUGCACAUGUCAAAUAAUGACUUGAUUUGAUUUUACAAUUGUUUAUGUGUUAUUUAAACGCUGUCUCAGAGCAACUCAUAACCUUCUGAUUAGGUGGCUAAUUCAUAUGAAAUCAGACGAUCUCAUUUAUAUGAUUAAGUAUUAUCUGCUCAUCCCCCAAUGACAGUUCGGUUUAGGGGAGGGGUUUAGUGCCACGCCUCCUUUAAAAAAAUACGAAUUCGUAUGAAGAAGCCACUAAACUGUCCAAACAAAAUCGUUUCCUUGUGAGAUCAGGCUGGUUAUUUUGAUUAUUUUCUUUUAUUUAUUAUGACUGAGCAGUUUUUAUUCUUAUAAUUUAUCUUUUAUAUUUUAUUUAUUUUCCUCCUAGUUUUAACAUAUUUUACAUACGCCAAUUGAAAAUGUUUAUAUGAACAUACUGAAAAUUGCGAUUGUUCCUUAUAAAUAACACUACCUGACAAAGUUUUAGGAACACCGAAUAAUAACUUGACUUCUAGUUGAUCAUUUGGUAUCAGAAGUGGCUUAUAUGAAAGGUAAAGGCCUCUAGAUCACGCUUAUUUGACCACAAUAAAAUCUGAUCAUGCCUUGAUUUUUAAUGAUUUAAUUAGGACAGUAAGGUCUGACUUUUGCUGAGACAAAAGUCUUGUCACUUAACAGAAAUAAUGUCCAGAAUAGAAUAUGUGGUCAUGCUGCAGUGGAAACAGAAUGAAUAUUGUGUCUGACUCCAUCAUGAGCUUGGAGGACUGCAUCCAUACAUC